CAUCGCGUCACCCAAAGACAGUCAGGCGUCAUUUCCAUUGGAUGGCUCUUCAUGGUGUCGAUGGCGCGUUUCUGCAGCGCUUCGCCGGCGAAUGUGAUAGUAGAGAGGGGGAGUCAGGGAAUACGGCGUGUCAGGGAUGAAGUUGGGGAACGCGUCAGGGAAGCCGCUGAAGCGGAGGGGAGAGUCUUUGCUAUCAUGUAUGAUGUCUCAGGCGUAUCCCCUGACCGCAUCCAACAUGUUCUGGAACAAGAUUGGAUCCACCUUCUUCGCGAUCAGCGCAUUCUUGACAGUCCAAACUACUUACGCGAAAAUGGACGACCUGCUGGUCGCUUUAUGGGGCUUCGGUUUCAACGACCGUAACCACACUCCUGAGCUCGUACGCUCGAUAGGGACAUUCUUCCGCUCCAAUACUCCUGGUGGGAUAUACCUUAUGGCUGGCGUUCCAGGGCAUUGGAGGACAUCAACAUCCGACGCCGAUCGCAAUCCCGACUUCGUGAGUAUGUGGACAGAUGUUUUUGAUGCUAUCAGUCCGUGGACCGUCGGAAGGUAUGGCAACGAGCAAGAUGCAGACCGAUGGGGAGAAGAGCGCGUCAAGGCGGAUGCGGAUUACCUCAGAAAGUUCUCGGAGGAGACAGGUAAGAAAGUAGACUACGUCCCUGUCGUCUUGCCUGGAGGAAGUGGAUACAACCUCUCCCAGGGAAAAUGGGGCCUAAAUGGCAUUAAGCGUAAUGGUGGCAGAUUCCUAUGGAAGCAAAUUUACAAUGCUCGUCGUGCAGGAGUGCGCACGAUCUAUGGAGCCAUGUGGGAUGAGUAUGAUGAAGGCACAGUGUUUAUGCCCGUCGUGUCCAAAUCUUCACAGCUGCCCGUGCACCCCAAUUUCAACUUCAUAGCGCUCGAUGUAGAUGGACGUGACCUUCCCUCGGAUUGGUACAUGCGCAUUGCUGGGUUCGCUGCCGAGGGUUUUCACGGAGAUAGGGUCCUCAUGGAGACCUUCCCUGUCAAGGAAUUGCAAGAUUAUUGGUCGACAAGACCACACUAUGAAGACCUCGGCGUUCAAAUGCAUACAACAUUAGAAGCUGGCCAAGCGUAUCACAAGUGGCAGGGCGCAGAAACGAGCGGUGCUAUCGAGGAUGCACCUCCUCCUUACUCAAUUGAGGACGUCGUUCAACAGACGCAACAUAUGUCACUCGCUACUGGCAGGAGUGGCAUGAACGCACCGCUUCCAUCUGGUCCGCCACCCCCUGUCCCAGCCAGGAAUCCUUCUAUUUCCGUAUCGUCCAUCCCUGCCUCAAUGUCAAUGGCUGUGAGUGGCAGCCUUCCAUCACCCCAGUCAAUCUCUGCACAUCCGGUUCCGGUCAACAUGUCCACUCGUCCGAUAGUUUCACCGCAGCCUCCUCCCAAUGUAUCCAGUCGACCCACACCUUCUACCGCGUCUGCACGUUUACCUUCUGUGGAUUUGUCUUCGCGCCCACCUGCACCCCCGCCACCUUCGACAAAGCCUCACUUGCAUCACUCUCCUGAUGGUGGCCCACUGAGGAUGCCUAUGCCUAGCUCUACGGUACCGCCUGUCUCACAGUCACAGGCGCACUCACCCCGUCCGUCCACCGCAUCUUCCCAAAUAGUGGGAAGACCCGUCUCCCCGCCAGCUGGACUUCCGUACAACCCUACAACUGGACCACCACAAGACCCCUACUUUGUACCCUACUCACCGUCAGGUGGAUGGAGUAGUGGACAUGGUCAAAGCCACGUAGACUUUUCUGCACCGAUGCCCGUCCCUGAACACUAUUAUCCGAACCAAAGCAGUCCACCUCCGAUGGGGCCGCACUUGCCUCAUCGCUAUGGGAGCUCGCCAGCCCCACCGAUUCAUCCCCAUCGGUAUUCUUGCUAUACAAAUCUACCAGAGCCUAGCUCACCACCACCACCAAUUCCACCUCGUGGGUAUUUGUCCACUGUGCCCAGCGGCCCGUCCUCAGUCGUCGGGGUACUAUGCGCCUUAUGCGCAGGACUCUUCCUAUGGUGGCACCACGUAUGGCAACUACAACUACAAUCCGAACGAUCAGAACGACGGAAACAUGAGAGGAGGGACUCUUGCAGGAAGAGCUCUGAGCGUCGUUGAGAAUGUCGCAGGCAGGGAUGCGAGAGCCCAAGUUGAAAGAGGGGUAAAAACAAUAGCGAACAAGGGAUCCUCGAUAUUGAACAAGCUGAAGUGAGGGGAAACGCUCCCGAGAGAACUUUGAAAACCAUCAUGUGUACCAGGACUGAAUGAUAGAUGGCUGCAAUAUUCGUGUGUUCCAUACAAACCUGUUAUUCAAAACUUACGGACAAACGUAUCGACGUAGGAUGUGACUAUACACUAGUCCUCUUGUGCAUCGCACUAUUAACCAAAAGCUGUUUGGGGACACUUAACCUUGACUUUCAGGUGGACACAUUCUGGGUGGCGUAGCCUGAUAGAUCUCAACUAGGACUGGACGAGUUUGGGACCUGAAGGUUGGCGAGCGCGCACAUUCUGUCCAACUAGUCCGAUAGGAGUACUGAUGUCA